UCUGAUCACUUCUGAAGCAAGAUUGACAUUCGCUAUGCCCACCAGGAAAUCAAGAUCCCACAGUUCCAAGUCAGCCAAGAAGACUAUGAGCCCAAAGACACCUAAAAAGAGGUCCUCAUGUAGUGCCAAAGUCACCACAACCGAGGUGGACAUCCUCAGCCCAGCAGCCAUGGAGAAUAUCUACUACAUUGCUCACAAUGCAGCAGACUGCCUGGCGUUCAGAGGAUUUGGGUGGCCAAAUUCAAAGAAGAAAAAGAAGGGGACAAAACAAAAGAAAAACUGAAUCAUCAAUUUUGCCAAAGAGAAUUUUAACUGCC